AUGUUCGCAGUCAACUCGCUUUCCUUCUCCUCUCGUCAGGGCGGUCCUGUAGCUGGAUUAUUCUAUCAUCGCAAGACCUGCAACAGAGUCGCCGAGGCGCUUCGACGAGGGGGAGACCCGGCCAAUGAACUAAGACUCCUCUCGGACUUCUCCGAAAACGAUGCUCUGAGGGCCUGCAACGACGCCAUAAGCCACAAGGAGAAGAAGAAGAAGUCGUGGUGGGGCUCAAACGCUGGUUAUCGUAAUAGUUACAGUGGGAAGAGGCCUCGUAAAGAAGCCGACAAGACGAAGGGACCCCCCAAGUGA